UUUUCAUUAUCAAAAUAACAACUGAAAAACCUUUUGAGCUUCAGAUUGAAAAAAGUUGAUAAAGAAUUGUAGAAAGAUAAUUUUCUAUAAAGUACUUAGACUGAAUUCAGUCAAGUUCGUUCAUUUGUUAAAUUCAGUUCAAUGAAUAAAGAUGGAAGUUAAAAAAAAAGGAUUGCGUUGGGGUGUUAAUCCUCUACUUUAUUGGAUUAGUGUAAUCUAUGCCAUUACAAGUAAUCAUGCUAAUUCAUCCACAAUUAUUUGUUUGAUCGUACACAGAAUUGCCGAAACACUGACGGGAACUGAGAAUUUUUGGUCAAACUCAUGGAAUCGAAUUGUUGACAUUUCGGACGAUGAGUAUACAUUCAAAGUCAUCAUUAGACUUAUCUACACCACUAGUCUUUACUGGAUUAUUGGAAUUUUAUUCAUCAUUAUGGAUAUAACAAAUAAACCAAAGUUCUUCAGAAAAUACAAGACCCAACCGGAAGCACAUGUCCCACUUAAUAUGAAAAAAUUCAUACCUGCUUGUGGAACGGUUCUGUUUAAUCAGCUAGUCUUGAACUUAAUUAUUUCUCACUUCAUGAUUAAGGUUGAAGAAAAAAUUGGAAGAGCACCAAUUCGUGAGACGCCGACAUUCUAUAAGUUGAUGUUUGACUUGAUAAUGUACCAAUUCAUCUAUGAAGUUGCCUUUUAUUAUUCACAUCGGUUCCUACACUUAAAGCAGUUUUAUAAAUGGAUUCAUAAGAAACAUCAUGAAUGGACUGCACCAGUGUCUGUUAUGGCCGUUUAUGCUCAUCCAAUCGAACAUUUCUUCAGCAACAUUUUUCCUGUGGCUUUAGGAAUUGCACUGCUUAAUGCACCUGAAUCUACAGCUUGGGUCUUGAUGUCUAUUACAUCUAUAUCAACUUUGGGUGAUCAUUCAGGAUAUCACUUGCCAUUCCUUCAUAGUCCUGAAUUCCAUGACUGGCAUCAUUUAAAAUUCAACGAGUGCUAUGGAGCUUCUGGAUUCUUAGAUGCAUUGCAUGGCAACUGUCAGAAGUUUGAUCAAUCUGUUCAGUAUUUGAGACAUCGAACGCUGUUUAGUCUUAAGUCAGCUAGUGAACUUUAUCCUGAUCCAAUUAAGAAAAAGGAGAAAUAAGACUUUUUGUUGAUGAAAAGAUUUGGCUACACAAUUUGUGAUUUUAAGAGAAUUUAAUGCUGAUGCAUUCCUAGUCUGAAUAAAUAUUUUUAUUGUUAACAACGAA